CAAGCGGAGACGACCCAAGCUGGGACCAUUACGGAGUUCCGGCAGCUGAUCGAGUACCCGCCGAUCUCAGAAGAGGAUCAAAUCAAGCUGAAGGGCACCUUGAAGCAGUACCGAGAGUGGGAGGCAGCCCAACUGCAAAAGAUGCGAAAUGCAGGCAAGAAGGAAGAUCCGAAGGCAAAAGCCAAGAAGGACAAAGCCAAGGAAAAGGCGAAAGAGAAAGGAAAGAAAGGCAAGAAGGGCAAGAAAGAGGAGGAAGUGGUUGAAGAGGCCAAGGAGAUCCCUCCAGAGCCCGCCUUUGCGCAGGGCCUGAAGCUCGAUCCGUUCGAGCAUUGCGUGAAGGUUCUGCAGGGCCGCCUCGGAGAGCAGCCUUCCCCGGAAGCCGCAGAGCUGCUCAGUCGAGCCCUCGCGGUGCUUGCCGUUGCUGAUAGGGAGGGCGCCGUGGAGCUGGAAGCCGUGCCGUUGGAGAUGCCUCAGGGAGCGACGGAAGAGGCUGAGGAGGAGGCUCAAGCAGCGGAUUGCGCCCGGAAGCCGGAGGACUCCAUGCAGGACCAGGAGAAUAUUGCCCCGCAGGCGCCAAAAUCAGCCUGGACCUCGGUCAAGAAGGGCAAAAAGCGCCUUUCUGUUGUGGAGACGGAAUGGUCGUUCUCAUACUUCAAAUCAGAGACCGGCCUACAGUUCCUGAUGGACACAGGUAUGUUGGAUCCCGACUCCAAGCCGAGACAGGCUGUGGUCAAGGAAAAGCGCCCGCGCCCUGCGCCUCCGCCGCCCCCUCGAACUCCUUGGAAUCCACGUCUCGUCGGCGAGCCAACCGACGAACCUGAGCAAGAGGCCAGCCCAGAGAACCGUGGCGCUGAAGACGAGGAGGUGGAGGACGGCUGGCCUGGAGCCACUUUCGGAGUGCCCGAGUUCGGGGCCCUGGCGGAAGACGAGAACCAGCAGCAGUUCUUUCAGCCUGCGCAGCGUGUGCCCAUUAUGGCAGUGCAAGAUGAUGCACCCUUUGGGCCUCACCCGGACAAGAAGGGGCCGACCUGGGAUGUUUAUGGCGAGCCCCGUGCCCCGAAGGGCAAGAUCUCCCAGGCGUACGUGGGUGUGAACACAGAUUACAUGGAGGUGGAAGGACCUACUGGCAGGAGGACCAACACCUCGGCCCUGGCACACAAGCGCAGCCACGUCAAGGGUCUGGGUGACAACCAUAUGCUGGUGGAGGUAAUGCCUGGAGCCUGUCGCUUUGGUCCGCUGCGUCAGGGCUCGCUCUACAGAAUGUCAGUCUUUGUCCGCAACUUGGAGGUGGAUGUCACAAGGUUCAAUGUUAAGCCGCCGGAGAGCAAGCUGGUCAACGUGAAGUGGCAACCUGGACACCUCGCCCCAGGCAUGGCGACCAAGUUGACGGUUGAGGUAUUGGCCCUUGAGCCGGCCCGCAUCGAACAGCUGCUGGAGGUCCACACUAAGGCUCACAUUAUCCGCGUGCCCAUCACAGCGCGAAUCGUCGGCGCCGAAGAGUACGACCGCCUGGAUGCGGAGUCGAUGGCGCUGCAUGGACGGCGUAUCGGCCGACAUCGUGAAAAGUCUGAGACACAUAAGCCUGGACCUGUGCAGCUCAUCACAGAGCCAAGCUACUGCAAGAAGGUCAUGGGCCCCACAUGGCAGCCGCCACCGGUGGAGUUCGAUGACCUGCCAGCCACCGAGCUCCUCCGUUGA